AUGGCAUCAAACACUGAGAAGGAAAUUUUAAUAAACAUGGGAGCAUAUUUCGAAGGGAAAUGGCAGGAAGCACACGAGACUUGUGUUGAACGACUGAAUGAUUCCGACCGAAGAUACCUCAGUGAAAUUGAGACUUGCAAUGAUUUCAAAGCCAAGAUUCCAGAGCUGAAGGAUGGUUUCUCGCACAAGUCCAAAGAUGCCAUACUGAAUGACUUAGCCCCUUUUAUCUCUCAAAUGAGAAAUUUCCUGGCACUCUUGGCUGUUUCAACGGGCUCUACCCCGUUACAGACGGCAAUGGUAUGGGGCAUCAUGAGCUUGGUCAUCCAAGGUGCGAGCGGGAUGAAGACCAUUUUUAAGGAGACUAUUGAAAUGCUAGAUAUGUUGAGCCACGACCUCGAGAUUCUCGAAAUUCACGAAGGUGCAUUCAAGGAUAACCCUCGCAUGGGUCAAGACUUGGUGGGUAUCUUCGUGGAGAUCAUACAGUUCUGGACAUCUGCUAUUCAUUUUCUACGUCGAAAUACUUUUCAGUCGGCCGCGAUGCGAUUUUGGCCCAGUGUCAAACAGGAUUUUGAAAGAAGUAGCAGAAGGAUCAGACAAAGCUGCUAUCGCGUGAAAGAUAAAGCAAGCGCCAUCAGAGCUGAGCAGCUUCCAGCCCGAAUCCUUCAAGCGAUGGAUUUGUAUGACGAAGAAACAUCAUCCACCCACGUAUCGGCCAAGGAGGGCAACCCGUCCGAUUACCCAUGCUAUGAUAUCCCUUUUGCAAGGAACGGAAGUUUUCGAGGACGCCAAGCAGAGCUUGACUUAGUAAUAUCUCAUUUGACGCCUGACACGUCUGGCCAUAACGUUAAAAGCUUUGCUCUCUGGGGAACUGGAGGUGUUGGAAAAACUCAAAUUGCUUUAGAGUUUGCAUACAAACGAAAGGAUGAAGCAAAGGAGUCAAUAUUUUGGGUCGAUUGUGAGACGGGAAUGUCAAUUGCAAAAAGCUUCACGAAAAUAGCGAACGCUCUGAAGCUAGAGGGUGUGAUCGAGGACGAAAAUUCGGACAAAAACCGACUGCUGGUUCUGAACUGGUUUCGAAGCACAGGUGAAUCCUGGCUGCUGAUCUUGGAUAAUGUCGAGGACGACGAGCUUGCAAGACAAUGCUGGCCGAUUGCACAUAAUAGCCACGGUUCAAUUUUGGCUACCUCAAGGAACAGCUUGAUUGCAUUCGAUCCAGCUGCAGGGGGUGUUCAGAUCAAGGAAUUCACAGACAGGCAAGGGGCUGAGAUGCUCCAGUAUUUUGCUGGCAGAUCGUCAUACUCCGACAAAGAGCGGGAAGCUGCUGAGGCUCUCUCAAAGUUGCUUGGCGGUCUAGGGCUUGCCUUGGCCGUCAUGGCUGCGCAGGUUCGAAUAAGACGAAUGAGCUUCCAAGGGUUCCUUGGUUUCUAUCAAAGAUAUGCCGCGGAUCUCCAUAAGAACGGACAAGGGGUUAAGUCUCAUUAUCGCGGCUCCUUACACACAUGCUGGGUCACUGCCUUCGAAAACCUCAGUCAAAAUGCGUUGGCAAUUCAGAGUGUCCUUGCCGUUACCGCCCCAACUAAUAUUUCUCAGGAGAUCUUUGAGCCCAAGAAGAGAGAAACACUUCCCAAGCUAUUGGAAUUUUGCGCGAACGAGCUAGAGCGUGAGGACGCUCUAUCCGAGCUUUUAAACAUGUCUUUGAUCAAUAGAGAGCCCGAUACCCAGUUGCUUUCCGUUCACAGAUUGAUACAAUUUGAAUUCCGAGACUAUAUAGGUGCCGAUGGACGACAAAAAGCUUUCACCACAGCUGCUGAGCAACUGUACAGCAAGUUUCCCAAGCAGAUAAACGGCGUUUCUCUGCGCAACGAAAAUGAGGAAUGCAAAAAGUAUGCGCAGCAUGUUCUCUCGCUGUGUGCUCACUGGCAGUUUUAUCAAUUUCCAUUGGAAAAGCCCGGCAACUUUGAUUCCUUUACAAGACUGCUUACAAAUUGUGCUUGGUUUCUGCUGGAAGCUGGAGCGUGGAGUGAAGAGAUUGAACUUAUGCAAACUGCUUUCGAAGUUUGUGAAGAUAAGGAUGGACUCGAAUAUGCUCAUCUGUGCAAUACACAUAGUUGUGUUCAGGUUGAAAGAGGCAAAGCAGAUGAGGCAUCUCGUCUUCUGAACAAAGCCAUUCAGAUUCGGUCGAAGCUCCUUGGAGAAAACCACGUUGAGACAGCUCACUCUUAUUGCAAUUACGGAAACGCAGUCCAACAGGCCUACGAGACCCCAAACUCGAUCCAAGAAGCAUUGAGCUAUUACCAGAAAGCCAUGGAAAUUGAUAAGCUACUUCCACCAGAAGAAGUUAUCAAGUUCUCAUACGCAAGAUUUCUCAAUGCCAGUCGAGCUUACCGCUUACUCAAGCAGUACGACGUGGGCUUGAAUUAUGUCGAUCUGGCUGCUAAAAGUGUUCUUCAUAUGUUUGGCCCAGACAGCCAUUUUGGGGCAACUUUGCGUGUGCACAAGGCCAACAUCCUUUUCGAUCAAGGCAAUACUGGCGAAGCCGAAAAACUCUGGCGAGAGGCAUUUGUCAUAUUUAAAAGAGAAAACAAUGCCCACCCUGCCACAAUUUCGGUACACCUUAAGCUGGCAUGCCUUGAAAUGAGACGCGGCGAAGUUGACAGCGCAAUAAACGCUCUUCAGAAGCUACUGCUUACUUGCGAGUUGCGUGAGAAAGCCAAAGGGGACAGAGGCGAGAUAGCUCGGGUUACUCGGCGAUUGGCAGAAGCCCAUGAAUUGAAAGGAGAGCUUGCUGAAGCGACCCGGCUAAAAUUGGAGGCCGAGGCAAUACGUCAUGAUAUUCAGAAGGAUCGGGCGUGGCAGCUUCCAGAUGAAGAAAGAUCCUAUGAUAUUCUUGUUUGGAAUGAGUACUGGUGA